CGGGAAGACCCGAGAAUCCCUGGAAGCGCAAGAUGGCGACGGCGGCCGCAACCUCGGUUUCAGAACCGGAGGCUGAGUCCAAGGCUGGGCCCAAGGCUGAGGGAGAGGAGGAUGAAGUUAAGGCGGCUAAGACGAGGAGGAAGGUGCUAUCGCGAGCUGUUACUGCUGAGACGUACAAGACCAUAGGGCCAGAGUGGAAUCCGCAGGAGGAAGGCGUGAGCGAGAGCGAUGGGGAUGAUGAGGAGUACGCCAUGGCUUCCUCCGCGGAGAGCUCCCCCGGGGAGUACGAGUGGGAGUACGACGAAGAGGAGGAGAAGAACCAGCUAGAGAUCGAGAGGCUGGAGGAGCAGCUGUCUAUCAACAUCUAUGACUACAACUGCCACGUGGACCUGAUCCGGCUGCUGCGGCUGGAGGGGGAGCUUACCAAGGUGAGGAUGGCCCGCCAGAAGAUGAGCGAGAUCUUUCCCUUGACCGAAGAGCUCUGGCUGGAGUGGCUGCACGACGAGAUCAGCAUGGCCCAGGACGGCCUGGACAGGGAGCACGUGUACGACCUUUUUGAGAAAGCUGUGAAGGAUUACAUUUGUAAGUUCCUCUGGUGGUGUCGUCUAGAUCUGUCUCUGCUGUUGUGGAUUCCCAUGGCUGGCUUCCUUUCCCCUUUUGACCGGGAACAAACCUUUGAUUCACAGCUUGAGAAAGUCCACAGUCUCUUCCGGCGACAGUUGGCGAUCCCACUUUAUGAUAUGGAGGCCACGUUUGCAGAGUAUGAGGAAUGGUCAGAAGACCCAGUACCAGAGUCUGUAAUUCAGAACUAUAACAAAGCACUGCAGCAGUUGGAGAAAUACAAACCCUAUGAAGAAGCGCUGCUGCAAGCAGAGGCGCCCAGGCUGGCGGAAUACCAAGCAUACAUUGAUUUCGAGAUGAAAAUGGGUGAUCCCGCUCGCGUUCAGCUGAUCUUUGAGCGUGCCCUGGUCGAGAACUGCCUUGUCCCAGACUUGUGGAUCCGUUACAGUCAGUACCUAGAUCGGCAACUGAAAGUAAAGGAUUUGGUUUUAUCUGUUCAUAACCGCGCCGUUAGAAACUGCCCCUGGACGGUCGCCCUGUGGAGUCGGUACCUCUUGGCCAUGGAGAGACAUGGAGUUGAUCAUCGAGUAAUUUCUGUAACGUUUGAAAAAGCUUUGAAUGCCGGCUUCAUCCAGGCCACUGACUACGUGGAGAUUUGGCAGGCAUACCUUGAUUACCUGAGGAGAAGGGUGGAUUUCAAACAAGACUCCAGUAAAGAGCUGGAAGAGUUGAGGGCCACAUUCACUCGUGCUUUGGAGUAUCUGAAACAGGAGGUGGAAGAGCGUUUCAAUGAGAGUGGCGAUCCAAGCUGCAUGAUCAUGCAGAACUGGGCUAGGAUUGAGGCUCGACUGUGCAAUAAUAUGCAGAAAGCUCGGGAACUCUGGGAUAGCAUCAUGACCAAAGGCAACGCCAAGUACGCCAACAUGUGGCUUGAAUAUUACAACCUGGAAAGGGCACACGGGGAUACCCAGCACUGCCGGAAGGCUCUGCACCGCGCCGUCCAGUGCACCAGCGACUACCCAGAGCACGUCUGCGAAGUGUUGCUCACCAUGGAGAGGACAGAAGGUACUUUAGAAGAUUGGGAUAUAGCCGUUCAGAAAACUGAAACUCGACUAGCUCGUGUUAACGAGCAGAGAAUGAAGGCUGCAGAGAAGGAAGCUGCCCUUGUGCAGCAGGAAGAAGAAAAGGCUGAGCAGCGCAAGCGCAGCCGGGCCGAGAAGAAAGCGCUGAAAAAGAAGAGAAAGACCAGAGGCGCAGAUAAGCACCGAGCGGACGAGGACGACGAGAAAGAGUGGGGCGACGAUGAAGAAGAGCUGCCUUCCAAACGCAGAAGGGUUGAGAACAGCGUCCCUCCCUCCGGACAGACUCGAGAUGCAGAAGCGGAGACAGGGCCUGCUGAGAGGCACACGUCCGUGGCUGUCGACCCCCCUUCAAAGCAGAAGGAGAAGGCGGCCGCCCUGAAGAGGGACGUGCCGAGGGUGCCCCACGACAGCAGUAAGGACAGCAUCACCGUCUUUGUCAGCAACCUGCCCUACAGCCUGGGAGAGCCUGACGCCAAGCUCAGGCCGCUCUUUGAGGCCUGUGGGGAGGUGGCUGAGAUCCGCCCCAUCUUCAGCAACCGCGGGGACUUCCGAGGCUACUGCUACGUGGAGUUCAAAGACGAGAAAUCAGCCCUUCAGGCGCUGGAGUUGGACCGGAAGAUGGUGGAGGGGAGGCCAAUGUUUGUCUCUCCCUGUGUGGAUAAGAGCAAAAACCCUGAUUUUAAGGUGUUCAGAUACAGCACUGCCCUGGAGAAACACAAGCUGUUCGUCUCAGGCCUGCCUUUCUCCUGCACUAAAGAGGAACUAGAGGAAAUCUGCAAGGCUCAUGGCACCGUGAAGGACCUCAGGCUGGUCACCAACCGGGCCGGCAAACCCAAGGGCCUGGCCUACGUGGAGUACGAGAAUGAAUCCCAGGCAUCGCAGGCUGUGAUGAAGAUGGAUGGCAUGACUAUCAGAGAGAACGUCAUCAAAGUGGCCAUCAGCAAUCCCCCUCAGAGGAAAGUUCCAGAGAAGCCAGAGGCGAGGAAAGCACCAGGUGGCCCCAUGGUGCCGCGGCAGAUCUAUGGAGCGCGGGGCAAGGGGAGGACCCAGCUGUCUCUGCUGCCUCGUGCCCUGCAGCGCCCGAGUGCCACUCCUCAGGCCGAGAACGGCCCUGCCCCGAGUCCAGCAGUCACCACCUCAGCGGCCACCGAGGCGCCCAAGAUGUCCAAUGCUGAUUUUGCCAAGUUGCUUCUGAGAAAGUGAAUAGGACUCCGGGAGAGACAGGAGAUGCCUUACUUCAUGCUGGCCCGGCAGACCACCCGCCACACAGCGAAGCACUAGGGACAGAUGGCCUGGUGCGGUGCCCACUCGCUACCGCCGCCUUCCCUCUGCUUUAGACAGAAAGGGAAAGGGUGUCCCAGUACAGAGGCUUUCAGCGCUCCCUCAUAUUGAGGGCAACAGGAGGAGAGUGAUCACUACAGGUUGGGCCCAGGACAUAGCGUCCUGAGAUACUUUUGUGUCUUAAAGGAUGAGGAGCAGAAGUGAAACCAGAACACGCAGUUUUUGAGACCCACUUGUCCUAAUGUUUUUGGCCAGCUCUGGCCCCUUUUUAUAAGACACUUCUCUCACACCCUGCACAGCACAUGUGCCUGUCACUCUUUUAAUUUUAAAAGAUGAAAGGCAGAUGCCAGUAAUUCACCAGAAUGGCCUACGGGGAGGGGGUGAGGGAGGGGAAAUCUCAUAAAAAACAUUUGAUGGAUUUUUGUUCAGAGGGGCUGUGCAUUUUUUAUAUUAUGUAUUUGUAAGUGACACGUCAAGCUGUUGUUUUGUUUCCUAAAAGCAAAAUGUUUGUGAUACUUGUUUUAUAUAGGAAUUCUGUGUGCCACCUGCGGUGGACCAUUUUCUUUGCCUAGUGACUAGUGAACUGUGUUCUUUGUCUAAACAUUGAGUUCCAGCCCUUUGGUUUUGUUUCAGUACCAUGUCAAGUGCAAACUUCGGUUCUCCCCACUUAGCUUUGUUUGUUACACUGAAGUUCUCUUAGAAACUUCCUGACAGUGGUACUCAGAUGCACAUUCACAUACGGAUGUAUUCUGAAGUGGGUGUACCUUGCUUUACCUAAUAGAUGUGUAAAUAGAACUUUUGUAAGUCAA